AGAUUUUAAUUUUUAAACAGAGGCUCUCUCUCACAUCGUCAAUGGAGUCUCUGGUUCUGCAACUCCAUGACAUUGAAGCUGUGAAGUUCGGCAGUUUCAAGCUUAAAUCAGGCAUCCAAUCUCCAAUCUAUAUCGAUCUCCGCCUCAUCGUUUCCUACCCAUCUCUCCUCAAUGAAAUCUCUCAACUUCUCAUCACCUCCGUCUCUUCCUGCACCUUCGACCUCGUCUGUGGUGUCCCUUACACCGCUCUCCCCAUUGCAACCUGCGUUUCAGUCUCCAACAACAUCCCCAUGCUCAUGCGUCGCAAGGAGAUCAAAGACUACGGCACUUCCAAGGCUAUCGAGGGUUCUUUCAAGGAGAACCAGAGCUGUCUCAUUGUAGAAGACCUCGUCACUAGUGGAGCUUCGGUGCUUGAGACUGCCGCGCCCCUCAGGACGGUUGGAUUGAAGGUCACGGAUGCUGUGGUUCUCAUCGAUCGUGAACAGGGAGGGAGAGAGAAUCUCGCUGAGAAUGGGAUUCAAUUGCAUUCGAUGAUCAAGCUAACCGAGAUGGUUGGCUUUCUGAAGAAGAAUGGUAGGGUUACCGAGGAGAUGGAGAAGACGGUUAAAGCGUUCUUGGAGGAGAAUCGCAGGGUCUCUGUUCCUGCCUCGGUGCCGCCGCCUCAAAAGUUGAAGGUUUCGGUUACGUAUUCGGAGAGAGCGAAGAUGAUUAAGAAUCCAACUGGGAAGAAGCUUUUUGAGGUGAUGGAUGCGAAGGAGAGUAACCUGUGCUUGGCUGCUGAUGUUUCAACUGCUGCAGAGUUGCUUGCUCUUGCAGAUAAGGUUGGACCAGAGAUCUGCUUAUUGAAAACCCAUGUGGAUAUAUUGCCUGAUUUUACUCCAGACUUUGGCUCUCAGCUUCGCUCUAUUGCGGAAAAGCACAACUUCUUGAUCUUUGAAGAUCGUAAAUUUGCUGAUAUUGGAAAUACGGUGACUAUGCAGUAUGAAGGAGGUGUCUUCCGUAUACUGGACUGGGCAGAUAUAGUUAAUGCUCACAUAAUCUCUGGGCCUGGAAUUGUGGAUGGUCUGAAGCUGAAGGGUUUGCCUCGUGGUAGGGGCCUGCUACUCCUUGCUGAAAUGAGCUCAUCUGGUAACCUUGCCAAAGGAGAUUACACUGCUGCAGCUGCGAAGAUUGCUGAAGAUCAUUCAGAUUUUGUAAUUGGGUUCAUCUCUGUCAAUCCUGCGUCAUGGCAAGGGGGACCAGUAAAUCCAGCAUUUAUCCAUGCAACGCCAGGAGUUCAAAUGGUCACUGGAGGUGAUGCACUGGGCCAGCAAUACAACACACCUUAUUCUGUCAUCUUUGAUAGAGGAAGUGAUAUCAUAAUUGUUGGCCGUGGAAUUAUCAAGGCAGCAAACCCUGCUGAGGCUGCAAGAGAAUAUCGUCUUCAAGGAUGGGACGCUUACAAGUUACGAUGUGUUUAAGAAUCUGUAACCAGGUCAUGCAGCCGGCUCUACCUGCGUCCCUGGAAGUUGUAACUUGUAAGGAUUGCUUAAGUCUAGCUGUCAAGGUUUUAGCUAAUUUUGUUUUGUGGUGCAUGUCUGGAAGAAUGAGAUAGCCAGAAAAAAAAAAAUCUGAAAAGCAACUGAUGAGUGCUUGCUGGAUUUUCAGCGUCAAUUUUUGGAGAUUAUUUGAGAAAAAGAGAAACUAUUUACCAA